AUGAAAGAGUUUAUAGUUAUCAAUAGAAUUGAAACAUUCAUUGGUGAAUGGUUAGACUCUGAACAGGUAGACUAUGGUGAGAAGAUUAGAUUCUCUGUGCAGAUUCAAGAGUCAUUGUUGACUGCUUCACUCAAGAACAACAACAACAACAACAACAACAGCAACUAUGCCAAUGGUGGUGGUAUUGUCAAUAGUCCACUCAAGAAUGUUCAGAACUCACUCAAUGGUAGCGGUGGCGGUGGUGUAUCUCUACGAAGUAGCAACAGUAGCAACAACCAGAAUGGUAGUAAUACCAACACCGAUCCAGUAGUAGAGUCGAGAAUAAACAAACUUAACAAGUUCUUUGGUGAAAUGAUACAUCCUUCUCAACUAGGUUCAUCUACUGAUAGUUCACCUUCAGUUGUCUCUACUUCACCCAACCCACCAACAUCCACAACAUCAACAACUUUAGCAACUCCACCUCCAGCAGCAACAACAACAACAACAACAACAAAUAAUAAGUACAAUAACAAUAACAAUAAUACACAUGAUACUUCUACUACUGCUAAAACAAAAACAAUCACCUGUACCAAUAUCAUCAGUCGUCGUAUCAACAUCACCCAAUUUAGCUUCAUCAACCUCGCCCAACCUCUAAUUCACCAUCACCCACCAAUCACAAGGCUGCCAUUGACAAAGCAUGGAGAAAGGGUACAAUGA